AUGUCUUCUCAUAACGACAGUGAGAAGGGGGCUGAUAUCGACGUUCGCGGUAACACUCCCUCUCACAGCGAUGUUGAUGUCCCCGAGGCCGGCAUUGACGACGCCUGGAAGUUUCUCAAUGAGCAUCGCGAUGCUGAUGGCGUUGCCGCUAUCAACAUGGAUUCUCUUCGCCGCAAGAUCGAUUUCCACAUUGUCCCUCUGAUGUUUCUAUGUUACACCAUGCAGUUUCUUGACAAGGUCAUCUUGAAUUAUGCCGCUGUGAUGGGACUGAAUACAGAUCUGGGUCUCAAGGGCAAUGACUUUUCCAACGUGGCCACGUUCUGCUUCGUCGGUUUACUCUGCUUUGAAAUUCCCAAUAUAUAUUUCCUUCAGACUGUCCCGGCUGCCAAGUGGCUCGGACUCAAUGUCACACUCUGGGGCAUUGCUACCGCCUGCGGUGCGGCUGCUCACAACUACCAAACGCUACUCGUGUCUCGUGUCUUCCUAGGCAUCUUCGAAGCCACCAUUGGACCAUCUCUGAUGCUCAUCAGCAGCCAGUGGUAUACAAAGUCUGAACAGGCUCCUCGCUUCUCUUUCUGGUAUCUCGGCCUGGGCCUGGGACAGAUUCUUGGUGGCGCCAUCUCAUAUGGCUUCCAAAAUGUCUCCAUUGGUGCAUCUUUGGCUGGCUGGCGCAUCAUGUUUGUUGUCUUGGGAUGCGUCACUGUUGUCAUCGGACUGUCAACCUUUUUCUUCUUGCCCGAUACUCCCAUGAAGGCUUCUUGGCUGUCGAGCAACGAGAAGGUUGCUCUGCUGAAGCACGUCAGCGUCAACCAAACCGGCAUCCAAAGCCGCAAAUUCCGCCCCAAGGAAAUUGUGGAGGCGCUUCUUGAUCCUCAAAUCUACCUCUUGCUCCUGUCUGUUGUCUUGCUCUCUGUUUCCAGCGGUGUUGUUACCACUUACUCCGCUACCCUCAUCAGGAACCUGGGUUAUACUCCUAAAAAGGCUGCCUUGAUGAACAUGCCCUCGGGUGUCGUCAGCAUCUUCUUUACAUUGCUAGUUGGCUUCGGUGUUCGAAAGCAGUCUCACCGAUGGGCAUGGAUCAUUGCCUGCAUCAUUCCUGCUAUUAUUGGAGGCGCAUUGAUGUCUUUCCUCGACACGAAAACUCACCAUGCCGGCGUUUUGGCAGGUAUCUACCUGGUCAACGCAGUUGUCGCUCCCUUGACCCUCUUCUAUGCCUGGACUGUUGCCAACGUCAGCGGUGCUACCAAGCGUGCCUUUGCCGCCGCCAUUGUCAGCGGCUCAUUCUCUCUGGGCAAUAUCAUUGGACCCCAGACCUUCCAGGCUCGCGAUGCGCCCGAUUUCCGACCUGCCAAGCUGGCAGUCAUGGGCACGCAGGCUGGAUGUGCUGCGACUACCUUUGUCCUCUUCCUGUACUAUGUAUGGUCCAAUAAGAAACGCGGUGAUAGCAGCAAGGACAACGAGGAACGCUUCAUGUCUCCUGAGGUCUGGGCCACCAUGACAGAUAAGGAGAACAAGAUGUUCCGAUACUCGUAUUAA